CAUCAUUCACACAUCAUACCUUACCCAUCGCACUCGCAACAGUGUACAUCCAUAAUACUUAAGGUACUGACUUCUCAUUAUCAGUCUAUGUCUAUUGACUCAAAGUGGAAAUCAGAGUCAUUAUCGACUGGUGGUUUGCCCGUUGUUGAAUGUAAAUCAGAACAUUAAGUUAUUUUGUGGAAGUCGGCAAAAUAUUGUGAGCGUGAAUAUGGUAGAAGUAUCUUCGGCAAGUGCUGAAGAUUAUGUCAAUAAACAGAAGAACAGAAAUCCGGAGAAGGUACGGAAAAAUGUGGAUUUUGGGGGUGAUGACGAUGGGAAGCUGACACUCGAGGAUCUGGCGCCUGAUGGGGGAUGGGGGUGGAUGGUGGCACUAGCGAUGAUUCUCGUUCUUGUGACGGUGUUUGGCUCAACACCAUGCUUCGCUAUUAUGUUUGGAGAAUUUUUCGAGUCAACAGGCCAAGGUGGCUCAGUCAUGACACUUCUCAAUUCCGUAUUCAUGAUCAGUUAUUCAUUCUCAGGGCUUCUGACGAAUGUUCUACUAAAAAAGUAUCCGAUGAGGAGUAUCGGUAUUGUGGGGGCUGUGUUGUUCUCCGUUCCCAAUGUCAUGUUGGCAUUUGUCACUCAUGUUUAUGAGAUGGCUGUCAUUUCUUUUGUUCAGGGAGCCGGUGCCGGCUUUGUUUACACAAUUUUAAAUGCCAAUUUCUAUGCUUAUUUUGUUAAAAAGAGAGCAAUUGUAAUGAGUGCAGCACAAGUGGUGGUUGGCAUUGGAUCGAUAGUUUAUCCAAUUUGGAUAGGGCGUAUGAUGGAGACGUACGGAUUUCGAGGAACUGCCGCUCUUGUCGGUGGGAUGAGUCUCAAUAGCAUUCUCGGAAUGAUGCUGAUGCACCCGGUCGAGUGGCACCUGAGGGAUCCCCAGGAGGUGCGGGAGGAGAGACGACAGCGACGGGCAGAAAAUUUUUCUCACGAUUCUGGUAUCAGUGAUAAGUUUAAUCAUUCGAUGGUGAAGGAUCGACGAUGUACGUUAGGGGACAUUAAUUUGAGCCUGGAAACCGGGAGAUGGUACAGUUUGGAGAAUCUCAGGUGUAAGGAAUCUGGUCAACAUCAUUCAUCGAUUUUAAUAGAAACCCUGAAGGAACAAGCAGAGAGAACAUACUCUGCAGGCGAAGGUGGACACUUCCGGCCGCGCUCAAAAUCCGGUUCUGGAAGGCCAAAGCUACCGCUCCAGCAGACCUUCUCAGCAACAUCGGCUUCCAGCAUUGGUAGCAUCGCAGGUGCUCUGGCGGAUGUCAAACAACGCACGGAACAUCCACCAAAGCACAUCAGUGACUACCACGAUGACAAGACUGAGCAGAAACUGGAGGAGGAAAGGGAUCUGAUAGCAAAGGAGAAGAAUCAAAAUAAAAUUCAACGUGAAGAAUUUUCAACUCUGAAAAUGCUGUCUGAACUGCUCGAACUGUCACUCCUCAAAGACCGAACAUUCAUGAUCAUGAGCUUGGGAAUGAGUUUUGUAUUUGUGAGUGAUUUCACGUUCUCCUCUUUGCUACCCCUGGCUAUGUUGGAGGGUGGCUACAAGACUGCUGACACUUCUAUGACAAUCACUGUAGGGGCCACUGCUGAAUUGGUCUCCAGGAUAAUACUGGUGGUGUUCACACUGUUCGUGAAGGCUCGAGCUAAGACGAUAUUUUUUUUUGCGACCAUUGCAAUGGCUGGAGUCAAAAUUGCAUAUUUUCAUCUGGAAAAUACACUUACGGGGAUACUGGUGUCGACGGUGCUGAUAGGGACAGUGAGGUCCUGGUUGUAUGUACCACAACCCUUGGUCAUCGUCGAGAACCACCCGGUAGAGAAAUACGCAGCUUGCUAUGGGAUAUUCUCAUUAAUCAGCGGAUUCAUUAUGAUCGCAGGUGGCCCUCUCUUCGGUUUCGUUAAGGACAUGACGGGCAGCUUCAAAGUCUGCCAAUUAUUCCUAAUCGCCACGAAUUGCUUUCUCAUUGUCCCUUGGGGGAUGGAACUCAUCAGGAAGUUCUGGAAGAGAGAUUCAGCAACAAAAAAAUAACUUAAUUAGUCUUUACCCUAUUGACGUACAGAAAUAAGUGUAUUUAUUGAAUUAAAUUUGUGUCUAAUUUGAA